AAAAAAUGUAAACAAAACACGAAACGUUGCCGUUGCACGAAACGUGUGUGAGCCGGAGAAAACAAACAUUGUCAAACUAUGGAAAAGUCAUCAAGUAUGGAAUGUUAUGUGGAUGGGAACCUCGAUUGGCACUGCACAAAUCCUUGGCAAAAGAUCUAACCACCUCCUCUCCAACUCAGCCAAGGCCUCUUUUUUCAAUUUAUUGACUUGUCCAUAAGCAAACUCGGCAUAGGUGGUCCUGGCGACUUUGUCGUGGUACAUGUUGGCCUUUUCUUCUAUCACAGUGCAAUAAAGCUCUUCGAGACCUGUGGUAGAACAAUUGAAGUGUCCAGGUCGACCAUGCAUCCUUUGCUCAGUGCAUAUGCUAACAGAAAAAGCCGAGGGAUCCCCCUGAAUUGGCACCUGGCCAUCAUUUUGCCAAAGCCUAGAUUAAAUCGCGCGCGGCGCACCUGCAAGAGAAGAGAGAGAGAGAGAGAGAGAGGAGGGGCCGCAGAAAAUGUGCCACACUCGCGGCGCGGCGGAUUCUCUGCAGUCUGCUCCUCAGCACCGGCCUCAAGGGAUCUCUCUCGAGUGACUUCGAUCCGAGUGAUUGACUAUUGUAUUCGCUGUGUGUGUGCCAUUUUUUUCUCUCGUUAAUUGCCAGAAGAAAAGAGACCCAUCGAUCAGGCAGACAACGCUGCACCGGACUAUUUUCUGCUUUCUCAAUAUGCUUUCGCUGCGGUGAUCCUAACGCUGGACAUGGGGCCCCCUUCCAAAAUUGUGCCGGCGGGCGCCGAAGAGGCGCUUCUGCUCGGCCGGCGCGGCGUGUCCGGCAUAGUGAACGCCUCGCGCCUGGCCAACAUCGUGCGCACCCUGCGCUCCUCCGCGUCCAACGCCCACCGUCCCACCUACUGGCUGUGGUGCUCCGAGCAGGGCCUGCAAGUUCGCGGCCCCAAGUACGACGAGGGCUUCGAGUCGGACGAUUCGGCCUCCACAAAGUCUGGCGGCGAGGUGGAGGAACGGGCCGGAGACACGAGUUCCGGCGUGUCCGACCUGGAUGACCAGGUGACCACCUCGGACAGCGGCCCUCCACGGAUUCCUCAGGAGCAAUUCGCCAUCCGCGACAUUGUAUUUUGCCACUCCGAUCCCUCCUUCCCACGAGUCUUAGUCUGGGUAGUCAACGGUCCCCGGAGGCCUUCCCCGGCGUGCAUGGAGGCCUUGGUCUUCGAGUGCAGAAGUGAGGCGAGUGUCCGGCGGCUGAGUUCAUGCCACCAGGAGACCAGCAGACGCCUGAAAAUGCAAAUGCUCAGCGCCAAACGAAUGGCCCACAAUCAGCCGGUCCUUCCAGACAGGAUGGACACCCUGUUGCCGGACAGGUGGCGGGACAAGUACGUCCGCCAGAGAGAACCACCGACCCUGUUGUCCAUGCCCGUUCCGGAGGAUGAGUGGGACGAACCACCGAGAAGACCGGAGCGCCGGCGAUUCGUUCGCCGGAAACCGCAGGAGGACAUCCUGAGAGGGACCUUCGUCAGGGUCAACGUGGUCGACCCAAAGCCGUCGCCCGUGCUGCUGAAGCCGCAGUUCACGUGGAUGUACGGCGUGCCGGCCACUGCAGAACUAGUCCUCAGCCAGUCUGCGCCGGUCAAUCGGUCCAGGCGCAGCUGCAGAAGUGUUAGUCCCAGUAUGUCCAGGAGGACAAACUCAAAACCGCUCAGGUAUGCGCCUGAACCUGCCCCGAGUCACGGCUUGGUUCAGGGUCUCACCCAGAAACUGAAGGAGCUGGCGCCAAUUGCCGGCACCCUGAAGCGCUGCUCAAGGAACAGGGAGCAACACCAGUUCAGCACCCUCAAGCCAGUUAUAAAAAAGACCAGCAAGAAGCAUAGCGAAGGUGACCUGCUGGCCGAACCAAAAAAGGUCACCUUCAGUGCAUACGCGACAGUGCAGGUAGUCGAUUGAGUAGAAAUUCAAAAUGUACUUCGACUUGUUCCUUUUUUUCUUUGUCGUCUAUUUGCGGUUUUUGUUUUCUCGAGAGCGACCGAGCAAAGGUCUUUUCAGACAAAUGACCUGGAUACACGCUGACCUUUACGGCGUUGAUGCGGAUGCAGUUUUCAAGUUCUUUUGCCCAUUCGUUCGCCUUGGCAAAUGAUUGCGAUUCAAUCUGUAGAUUAAAGCGCCGACUGUCUCUUGAAGUUGUUUUUUUUUCUUUAUGAGCUCAAAACCAAAGAUUAAAUUUUUGGAAAUUUUCAAAUUUUGAGCCUCGCACUUCGCUUUAUUUUUCUUUUGAUGUUUAAAAUUCGAUUUGGAGAUGCAAAACCGAUCUGAUUUUUGUGAUUUAUAAUUUUAGUUAAUUAUUUUUUCACUGUGGUUUUCAUAUUUUUUUUCUUUCGAAAUAUAGUGAUAGGAAAAUAUCAUAGUCUUGUUGUUACACUUCUGUAUACCGUGCAAACUUCAAACUAAUCACAGAUGUUGUGUAUCUAUAUGUAUUUUCGAUGUGUAUCCAAUAUACUUCAAUGUAUAUGUACAUUUUAAUAUUAUGCUUCGGAUGUAAAUCUAGAGAAUAAGCCGAACAAGCAAUAAAUAACCAGUCCCUUUACUUUACAAA